AUGUCUCAAGGCUUUUACGAGUUGCUAGCAGCUUUGAGCUCGGAAGAUAAUGGAAUUCGCAGUCAGGCAGAGGAGAAAUAUGCGUCUAUAAGUGGAGAGCAGAAAUUGCAAGUGUUGCUGCCUGCCAUAGCUGAUUCCGGUCUAGGCGAUACAGCUAGACUUCUUGCUUCCGUUCUUCUCAGACGAACAAUAACAGUUCAAUGGGAAGAUUGCUGGCAGCCCCUUAGCGCAAAUGAAACCAGUAACGUCAAAUCGAAUCUCCUUCAAGUUCUUCAUAAUCUGGUCUUUGGAAAUGUUCCAAUGAAUGUUAUCGUUACACGUAAGCUCGUCGAUGCUGUGGCUGAAUUAGCAAGACGAUUGAUAGAAGACGCAGCGGAAUUGAACUCCCCUGAACAUGUUUGGCCAGAGAUUCUCCAAUUUCUAUUUCAAUGCGCGCAGUCCGAAAAUGUCGAAGUCGCGCUUAAUUUGAUCCUCAACUGUCCGAGUAUAUUCGGACCUGAUUUGGAGAAAUAUUCUGAUGUUCUUAGAGAGCUUCUUCUGCAAAGUAUGAUGGAUGAUAAGCCGCUCGAGAGACGAGGGCUUGCUGUCAAAGUUGUCUGUAACAUCGUUCUUGAAGAUCCCGAUUCAAAGAUCGUCAAAUCCCUUCAAUCAAUCCUCCCACAGAUAAUUACAACUGUUGGCCAAUACUCAGUGCAAUGCGAAAACCCAGACGUCCUAACCGCGAUUGUCGAACUUCAAGAAGCCCUUCCAAAGUUUAUGAAGCCAGCAACAGUUGAGCUACUUCAAAUUGCAAUUCAAAUCGCCGAAAACAGAGAUGUAAAUGAAGACAUCCGAACAAUGGCAGUCGAAAGUUGCGUAACUCUUGGUGAGAGUCUUCCAGGACAAAUCAGAAAGAAGGCUCCUCAAGCUAUCGACAAGCUUUGCCUUGUCUGUCUUCAGAUGAUGAUGGAGAUUGACGAAGACCCAGAAUGGGCGGAUCAAACAGUUCCAGAGGAUGACGACGAGGAUUUGCCGAAUGUGACUGUCGUUGGCGAGUCGAGUUUGGACAGAAUUGCUCGAUCUCUUGGAGGAAAUACAGUUCUCAAAUGUAUCGCCCCGCAGAUUGCUGAACUAUUGAAACCUGAAAAAGUCUGGCAAGAAAAGCGUGCUGCUCUCUUAGCUCUCUCUGCUAUUGCUGAAGGAACAGCAAAAUCCAUCAAAAGCAUUUUACCUGAUCUUGUCCCUGCUAUGCUCCCAUACCUCCAAGAUAAACACGCACGAGUCCGUCAUGCUGCUUGUAAUUGCGUCGGUCAAUUGUCAACCGAUUUGAGCCCAGAAAUGCAAAAAAUGUUCCACUCCGAAAUUCUUCAAAAUCUCGUGCCUGUCCUCGACGACCCCUGCACUCGUGUUCGAACUCAUGCCGGCGCUGCCUUAGUCAACUUUAUCGAUGACGCUCCUAAAUCCGUUCUUAUGCCUUAUUUGGAGCCUCUCUCUCAGAAAUUAGCCACAGUUCUUGAGCAACACCUUCAAUCCACUGGUCCCUUCAUGGUUCUUGAACAGCUUUGCACUACCGUUGCUGCUGUUGCUGAUAAAGUCGAGAAAGAUUUCGCGAGCCAGUAUAAUUUGUUUAUGCCUAAUCUUAUGAGCUUGUUGAACGCGACGGAGAAUGCGAAAUGCCCAGAAAAUGAAGGUGAUCCGGAUCUUCGACUUCUUCGAGGAAAAACUAUCGAGUGUGUCUCUCUGAUUGGCCUUGCUGUUGGUAAAGAGCACUUCCUCAAGGAUGGUCACGGAAUCAUGCAGCAGCUUGUUAAUACUCAGCAAGACAUCAACAAAUGGGCUGACGACGAUCCACAAAUUUCUUACAUGAUCAGCGCGUGGGCUCGCCUCUGUCAGAUUCUCGGGGAUGAAUUCCACCAAUAUUUGCCGCUUGUGAUGGGUCCCUUGAUGAAAGCGGCUCGAUUCCAGCCUCAAGUGCAGCUAGUAGACCCAGACGAAGAAGAGAAGGAAGAUGAUGAUAACUGGGAAUUUGUGAAUAUCGGUGGGGGACAGUCAUUUGGCAUCGCCACCGCUGGGCUCGAGGAAAAAGCAACAGCUUGCUCGAUGCUAGUCUGCUACGCCAAAGAACUUGGAGGAAAGUUUGGUAAUUAUGUCGAAGAAGUCGCGCAAUUGAUGAUUCCAAUGCUCAAGUUCUACUUUCACGACGCAGUUCGCUGCUCAGCUGCCCAAGCUAUUUCCCCGUUGAUCAAUGUGACAGCAGAAAGUAAAGGAUUGGAAGCUGCGAAUGAAUUGUGGAAACACGCAUUUAAGGAAAUCCUGGGUGCCUUAGAAUCUGAGCCAGAAAGUGAGAUUGUGGGCUUCCUGUUUGGGGCUAUUUCAGAUGUCUCUGAAAUUUUGGGAAAGAACUUUUUGGGAAGCGAAGAAAACAUCGCCAAAGUGUUUGAACUUGUGGGAACUCGAUUGUCCGAGCAUAUCGAGCGAUCGAAUAAUCGAAUCAAGGCAAGAACAGACGAGGAUUACGAUGAAGAGGUCGAGGAGGACUUGCAGGUUGAAGAUGAGGAGGAUGGCUUCGUUUUGAACAAGAUUUCGGAUGUAUUCCACAGUUCUUUCGGUCUAAUGGGAGGUUCUUUAUUGCCCUUCUUUGAAAAGUCCAUGAAAGAGCAGAUGAUCGAACUAAUCAAGCCACAGCGAGUUUGGUCUGACAGACAGUGGGGACUUUGCCUCUGGGAUGACAUCAUCGAGUUCUGCGGGGAAGACUCCUGGCAGUAUUCAGAGCUUUACAUCCAGGCUCUUGCUCGAGGAAUCAACGAUCAGCAACCCGAAGUCCGUCAAGCAGCAUCAUAUGGAGUCGGUAUUCUUGGAAAGUGUGGACCACAGGCGGCUCAACAAAUGCUUGCGCCAUUUGUCGAACAGCUAGCGAAGGUCAUCGAGGGUCCCCUAGGAAGAGGAGGAGACAAUCCUGAACAGACUGAAGCUACGGAAAAUGCGAUCAGCGCUGUUGCUAAGAUUCUUCAACACAGACCCAACUGCGCGUCGCUUGAAGAUUGGCUAGAGCGUUUCCUUACAUGGCUACCAGUCAACGAGGAUACAGAAGAAAGCGUAAACACUUACAGCUUCUUGGCCAACUUGCUUGAAUAUGGAAAUGAAUCAGCACAUGCGCACACCAACAGAAUUAUCUUCCUGUUGGCUGAAGCACUGACGUCAGGAGGACUUGAUGAAGAUGAGGAAGCCCGUGAACGAGUGACGAGGAUUUGUGCAAGUGUAAAAGAUGGAAAUCGAGAGCUAUGGAACGCAGUCCUUGGCCAAGUCGGUCAAGUGAAGAAAAAUAUGGCGUGUCAAUUCUUUCGAGGCAAAUAUUUGGCGGACCGAAUGCUUAAUAAUAUCAAGCAAGAAGUUUACAAACGCCAGGUUCGUCCAAAGCUCUUAGCCGUUUUGGUCGGCGAUGAUCCGGCUUCGCAAGUCUAUCUUCGCCACAAGGAGAACGCGUGCAACUAUGUGGGGAUAGCUUCGGAGAUAAUUCGAGUACCCGAGACUCACUCUACUGCGAUGGUAUCUGAAAUUCUCGUUGACGCAGGAGAGCGAGAAGAUGUCGACGGCAUCCUCCUUCAGCUUCCUGUUCCUGAUCAUUUGGACGAGCGAUUUCUCUGCAACCUCAUUCCCCCGACUAAAGACGUCGACGCGCACAAUGCUGCGUCUAUCGGAAAUCUCGUGUACGGCCGCGGCAUCUUCGUCCCUCCCACUGCUUCUGCAGUUGCUCACUGCAUUCAAGAAAAUGGCAUCGACACCUUUGGAAAGCGCGUUCUCGUUGUAGGCAGAUCGCGCCAUUGUGGUCUGCCAAUAACGCUCAUCAUGCAAGGCUUUAGGACACACCCCGAGCUUCCUGACGUUGGAGAAGCCACUGUCACCAUGGCACACAGACAUACGAGCGAGUCAGAUCUUGUCAACAUCGCGUCGAAUUCUGACAUCAUCAUCUCCGCCGCCGGUGUUCCAGGACUCAUCCGUCCACAAAUGAUCAAAGAUGGCGCGAUCUUGAUCGACAUCGGCUUCUCGAGAAAGAUCUCCGGCAGCACAGUUGGCAAAGUGCGACUUAUGGGCGACAUUCAUCCGGAUUGCAGAGCGCGAGCGUCGUUUAUCACGCCUGUUCCUGGUGGAAUCGGUCCUCUGACGGUUGCCCAUCUUGUCAGAAAUACGCUGAAUGCACAUUUGCAUGCGAAUGGUCUUCCACGCGCUUCCCUUGCUUCUCUCUGCCGCCCAGAAUUUGAAGAUGAAUUGGAAUAA